AUGGAAGCUAAGGAGUUCAAGGAUUUCGCGAAGGCAAUGGCUGAUUACAUCGCCGAGUACUUAGAAAAUAUACGCGACAGGCAAGUGGUGCCUUCAGUGAAGCCAGGAUACUUAAGACCUUUGGUACCGGAGCAGGCACCAGAGAAGCCUGAACCCUGGACUGCUGUAAUGGCUGAUAUAGAGAGAGUGGUUAUGUCAGGAGUUACCCACUGGCAUUCCCCACGUUUCCAUGCCUAUUUUCCCACUGCCAACUCCUAUCCGUCGAUCGUUGCAGAUAUGUUAAGCGGAGCCAUCGCCUGUAUUGGUUUCACCUGGAUCGCAAGUCCAGCUUGCACCGAGCUUGAAGUCGUGAUGCUGGAUUGGCUUGGCCAGAUGCUUGGUCUGCCAGAAGAAUUCCUGGCUCGCUCUGGCGGUGAAGGUGGUGGCGUCAUUCAGGGUACAGCCAGUGAAGCCACAUUGGUCGCUCUGUUGGGAGCUAAGGCCCGAGCGAUGCAGAGGACUAAGGAACAACAUCCUGACUGGACGGAUGUUGAAAUCCUGUCCAAACUUGUUGGAUAUUGUAAUAAACAAGCUCAUUCGUCAGUCGAGCGAGCUGGUCUCCUCGGUGGAGUUAAACUCCGCAGCCUCAAGCACGAUGACAAGAGACGCCUGCGUGGAGAUACCUUGAAAGAGGCUAUAAACGAAGAUAUCAAGAAUGGAUUGAUACCGUUUUAUGUGGUCGCAACCUUAGGUACAACAUCAUCGUGCGCUUUCGACGCACUGGACGAGAUAGGCGACGUCUGCAAGUCGCGUGACGUGUGGCUUCAUGUGGACGCGGCCUACGCCGGCUCUGCCUUCAUCUGUCCGGAGUACCGCCACCUCAUGAAGGGAGUCGAAAAAGCCGACUCGUUCAACUUCAACCCUCACAAGUGGAUGUUGGUCAACUUCGACUGUUCCGCCAUGUGGCUGAAACAGCCGCGUUGGAUCGUUGACGCCUUCAACGUUGAUCCUCUAUACUUGAAACAUGAUAUGCAAGGAUCAGCACCGGAUUACCGUCACUGGCAGAUACCUCUUGGAAGACGCUUCCGAUCCCUUAAACUAUGGUUCGUGUUAAGACUGUAUGGAGUAGAGAACAUUCAAAAAUUCAUCCGUAAACAUAUUGGUCUGGCACAUCUUUUCGAAAAACUCUGUCUUGAUGACGAAAGAUUUGAACUUUUCGAGGAGGUCACUAUGGGUUUAGUUUGCUUCAGACUCAAAGGUGACAAUGAAACUAAUGAGGCUCUCUUGAGACGUAUUAACGGACGUGGGAAGAUCCAUCUUGUACCUUCAAAAGUGGAUGACGUUUAUUUCCUAAGAUUUGCUGUUUGCUCGCGUUUCACCGAAGACAGUGAUAUUCAAAGCUCGUGGGAAGAAAUAAAGGCAUCUGCUGAUGAAGUCCUAGCAGAAAAAUAG